AUGUGGGAGCUGCUGGGCCAGCUCGACACGGCCGUGCUCCGGAGCGGCCGCGUGUCCAUGGAGGAGGCCUUCCGCCACUUCAUCUUCAUCCACGAGUACGCGGCGUUGAAGUUUGAAGGCGAGGAGACGGAGCUCGUGACCGUGCUCGACGUCGCGGGGCUCCGCUUCAGCGAGGUGAACUCGUUCCUCCUGCGCCUCGUCGCGACGGCGUCGGACGUGCUGAACAACCUCGCGCCCUUCCGCGUGCGGCGCAUCUUCAUCCUCAACGCGCCGUCGUGGUUCGGCGCGGCGUGGGCGGGCGUGCGGCGCGUGCUGCCCGCGGAGACGCGGCACAAGGUCACGAUCGUCGGCGCGGACUACGCGUCGACCCUCGCGGAGCUGGCGGACCACGACGAGCUGCCGUCGACCUACGGGGGCGGCGGCCCGCCGCUGAGCCAGGCCGAGGACGAGCUCGACAUGCUCGAGGCCGUCUGCGUGCUCAACUCGGGCGGCGCGGUCGACUUCCUCGAGCGGGGCUCGGACUCCGACGCGUCCCCGGCGUCGGCGUCGCCGCAGCGCGCGGCGUCGCCGGAGGUGGGAUCGCCGGACGCGCCCGCGUCGCCCGCGCCGCGGCCGCGGUGGGCGCCGUGGCGAAUGCCCGCCGCGCCGCGCGCGCACCUCGGCGCGGCCAACGACUUCUACUACUGCGACCAGCGCAGGCGCUGGGUGCUGCGCGGCGACGAGGAGGACGGCGCGGCGCCGGGCGGCGGCGACGCCGACGAGGACGCGCUCGUCGUCGCCAUCCAGGCCGCGACGCUCCGGCGGUCGAUGUCGUCGGAGAAGGCGCUCGGCUCGCUCAAGGCGCGGACGGCCGACGACCUCAUGCGCACGCUGCCCGAGGCCUUCUCCGUGCCCGGCCACCAGAGGCGCGCGCCGGCGCGCCGCGGCGCGCCGCCGCCGCCGCGGACGCGCGCGGAGUCGCUCGAGCUCGACGACGACGGCGACGACGGCCGCGAGGAUUUGGGCGACCCCGCGCUGGCCGUCGGCCUCUACCUGGGCCUGGGCCUGACCUGGGCCUGCCAGUCCUUCCUCUUCGCCGCCGCGCCGACGUGGCUCCUCGGGCCCGCGUCGCGCGGCGGGCUGGGCUUCCGCGCGGCGGACGCGGCGGGCGCGGCCGUCGCCGCGUGCGGCGCGCUGGGGCUGCUGCGCUGGCGCUGCUCCGAGGCCCUCGCGCGCAUGCCGGAGCGCGCGCCGCUGCGGGCCUACCGCGUCGCCACGGCGCUCGGCGUCGUCGUCAACGUCGCCGCGCCGACCUACGCGAAGAGCCUCGCGGACGACCGCCUGCCCCGCGACUCGUCGGCCGUGCACGUCGCCGUCGCGCUCACGGGCGCCGCCUGGCUCCUGGGCGCGCGCUUCGCGACGGACGCGGCGGACGCGGCCGCGGCGAUGAUGCUCCAGUCCCACGCGACGUCGCGCGCGGUCGCGGCCGCGGGCCUGUCGGACGCGGGCCGCGUCGCGGGCGCGCUCCUGGCGACCCUGGUCGUGCCCCGGGCGCUCGAGGCCGGCGCCCACGCGGCGACGGGCCUCUACGCGGCCGCGGGCGCCAGCGCGCUGCUCUACGCGCUCUCCGUCGCCGUCUACCGCCGCGUGCUCGGCGACGUCUCCGACGACGGCGCCGGCGGCGCCUGCGCCGUCUUCCUCGAGGUCCCCGCCCGCGACGUCCAGCGCCUCGUCGACGACUGCAUCGAGAGCGGGUGA